AUGAGAAUACCAUCGGCCUGGUCGGCCUUUGCGCCUGGUGCGCUGUUCUUGGGCCUUGCUGCCGCAGCACCCACCGCUCCUCUGCAGAAUGGCACCGUUGCUUCUGCCUCUGCUUCUGCGUCUUCUUCUGCCUCUACCUCCUCUGUCUCACUCUCCGCCGUGCCAGCAGCCUCCUCAGCGCCGGCUGGUCCAGACGUCGCCGUCGUGACCCUACCCGCAGAAGACGCCUCUGCCUUCCCGGGUCUGGGCCCCGACGGCUCGCAGCGCCAAAACUGCAACACGCCGUCCAACCGGGCGUGCUGGCAGCCGGGAUUCGACAUCAACACGGACUGGGAGGUGAACACGCCGACGACGGGUGUGGUGCGGAGCUAUACGUUUGUGAUUACAGAGGUGGACGGCUAUGUGGGUGCCGACGGCGUAUCGAAGCAAAAGGCCAUGUUGAUCAACGGCCAAUUUCCCGGCCCAACAAUCAAUGCCAACUGGGGCGACACCAUCAGCGUCAACGUGAUCAACAAGUUGCAGACCAACGGCACCGGCAUCCACUGGCAUGGUCUCCGCCAGCUCAACAACAACAUCAACGACGGCGUGCCGGGCGUCACCGAAUGCCCCGUCCCGCCCGGCCACAACAAGACCUACACCUUCACGGCCACCCAGUACGGCACCUCGUGGUACCACACGCACGUCUCGUCGCAGUACGCCUAUGGCGUCACCGGCUCCAUCCGCAUCAACGGCCCCGCCUCGCUCGACUACGACAUUGACCUCGGCCCGUUCCCCAUUUCCGACUGGUACUAUCCCAGCGCCGACCAGCUGCUCGCCCGCGUGUCCAGCACGGCCAACCCCUUUGUGCCGGGCCAGCCGGGCGCCUCGCCGCCGAGCGACAACCUGUUCUUCAACGGCACCAACAUCAACCCGCGCGACCCCAGCCAGGGCGCCUAUGCCACCGUGACCCUCGCCCCGGGCAAGCGCCACCGCCUGCGCCUCAUCAACCCGUCCGUCGACAACACCUUUACCGUCUCCAUCGUCGGCCACCAGAUGACCGUCAUUGCCACCGACUUUGUGCCCGUCGACGCCUACACCACGUCGUCCCUCUUUCUCGGCGUCGGCCAGCGCUACGACGUCACCAUCGACGCCAGCCAGGCCGUCGGCAACUACUGGAUCAACGCCACGUUUUCGGGAACCCACGUCUGCGGCAGCUCGGCCAACCGCCUGCCCGCCGCCAUCCUGCACUACGAGGGCGCGCCCGUCUACAGCCCCCACAACACGACGGCGGGGAACAAGGACAAGGGCGGCAGCCACCCGGGCGCCGUCGGUCUGCCCACCGACCCCGGCACGCCGCCGCCCGACUCGUUCUGCGCCGACAACACCGACUUUGUGCCCAUCGUGCCGCGCACGGCCCCGCUCGCCCAGUUCGAGCCCGUCGCGCGCGAUACGCUGCCCGUCGCUCUGAGCGUCAAGGGCUCCCGCGUCUUUUGGUCCGUCAACGGAUCCGCCAUCGAUGUCGCCUGGGACAGGCCCACGCUCCAGACCCUCAACGACCGCGGCUCGUCCUUUGGUGCCUUCAACACCAGCGAGAACAUUAUCGUCCUCGACGAAAAGGCCGCCUGGAGCUUCUGGCUCAUCCAGAACGAGUCGCCCGUGCCGCAUCCCAUGCAUCUCCAUGGCCACGACUUUCUCAUCCUCGGCCAGAGCCCGGCGCCCGCAAACCCGCUGAGUCCCACCGCCGGCCCCGUCGAGUUCAACAUGAUUGACAAGAACCAACUCGGCGCCGCCAACCCCGUCCGCCGCGACGCCACAAUGCUGCCCUCCUUUGGCUGGCUGCUCGUCGCCUUUGAGUCCACCAACCCGGGCGCCUGGCUCUUCCACUGCCACAUUGCCUGGCACGCGAGCCAGGGCCUGAGCGCCCAGUUCGUGGAGAAGCGCUCCCAGAUCCGCCAGGCCAUGGACCUCAACGCGCUGAACCAAAACUGCCGCAACUGGGACGCCUACGAGCCGACGGAUCCGUUCCAGCAGACCGACUCUGGGCUGUGA